AUGGCCGCUACAACGGAGAAAGAUGGAACGAAAUCGCUGUCCCCAAAAGACCUGCUGCGGACAACGAUUCAGCAAGAGCUCGAAAAGCGCGAGGUGGUGGACUACAUCGAGCGCAAGAGGCCGCUGAUGGGCCUCUUCAUCCCUGCGCCUUCCUACCCGCCUGUGGCGAUCACUGCGGAUAGGUUCUUGACGGUUGGACUUCCCAGACUUGGGUUUCUGGUCAUCACCGCCCUCUUGAUAUGCUUGGGAGUCGUGCUGACUCUCUCCUAUCUGCAGUUAUGGACUGCGUGUUGCAUUUUCCUGCCGCCUACUCUGUACGGCGGUUAUCGCCGCUACAGGCAGCGGACAGCCACCACUGCAAAGACGAAUCUGCAUGGGGACCCCGACGAGUGGUCCCUCCGCUGCCACGAGUUCUUCGACAUCAAUACUCCUGGAGCAAUCGACCGGCGGAGAAAGAUCGUCGAAGAGACUAUUGCAGCAGUGGACGCCAAAGCAGCCAAGAAGUUCAACGAGUAUGUACGAAGUGUCGACGCUCUCGCCAUUUAUGGCUGUGGAAUCCUGGCAGCUACUCAUGUGGGCGGCCUUCGAGCCCUCGAGCGCCAUGGGAUGGAGACGAAGAAUCUGAAGACACUGGCGGGUGUCUCUGCUGGAUCUGUCGUGGCUGCCAUGCUGUCUGUUGGCUGCAGCGCAGAUGAGAUCUUUGAUCUGGUCCAGAAGCUGCCCUUCUACAAGAUCGCGCUCCCCGAGCUGGGGGCUUUGGUCCGCGUCCUCGGGAACGUGGUGCAAAGCGUUCUGCGGGCUACGAUGGGCUCUCAUGCGGCGGAGGUGGUUGAGUGCCUGGUUGCAGGUGAUACUGGCCCUGGCAUCAACAGUGGCAGCUGCCUCGAGGAGAUGAUCGGCAAUGCGCUGAAAGAGCGAUGCGGUGAUGCUGCUAUCACGCUCAAGGCAGUGCAAGAUCGGUUUGGCAAGAGGCUGGUGAUAUUGGCUUGUGAGUUGGACUCGGGCCAUGAGAAGCGGUUCACUCCGGAGAGCGACCCUGAUCUACCAGUGCGCGUUGCUGUACGGAUGUCCAUGGGUGUGCCUGGACUCAUGGAGCCUUUCAGAUACAAAGGACAUGUGUACUGCGACGGCGGCAUGUGCAACGACUUUCCCGUGGAUGCCUUGCCAGAAGACGCGAAGCGCAUGGGCUUGAUGGUGCGGCCAGUCGACUGGAUCCGCCACCACAUUCCAGGCCUCAGCACCAUCAUCCCGGACGAGAAGCUGAAAAAGCAUCCCGAUGUCAUGGCCCACCUCAAUGAGCACAUGCAGAAAAUGCCAACGCUGUUUUCUGUAAAGAGCAUCCUGGACCUCGCACUGACCUCGGUCAACAUCAUGAUGGAUGCCAACCUGGUACUGCAGAUUGAGGCCGCCACGGCCAAGAAGGGCUUCCGGCAGAACAGCGGCAUCUCGGGCCUGGCGCCCGAGAUCCUCACGCUUUGCGGCGGCAGAUAUGAUCCUUUCGAUUUCAAUCUGACGAAGGAGCAGCAUCGCGAGCUCUUUCUCGCUGGCCAGCUCAGUACUCACCUUCAUGCCUCCAUCGUGGACGAGAGCUCGCAAGUUCUCAGUGACGAGGGAAAGCUGAAAACAAUGCUGUACACCCUGCACAUGGACUACCCAAAGAUACCUUGA